AUGGACACCGAGACGUACUGCGCCCGGUGCGGGCUCGAGUUUGGGCUAGAGGAGCUGCUGGCGACACACGUCGAGCAGCGUGGACACUCGGCAAGUAUCUCGCCCGCCGAGGAGGCGUACACCGUCCGCCCGGCCUCGGUCACCUGCCUCGUGUGCUCGAUCACCAUCCCCGCUGCUGAACAUGCCGCCCAUGUUCGCGGCGUCAACCACAUUGCCCGCCUUCCGCUCCGCGAGUCGUCGCCGGGUCUCGACUCGGACGGCUCGCUGCUCUCGUCGCCGUCGGCGUCGUUCUCUGCCUCGCCCUCGCCCUCGCCCUCGCCACGUCGCCCGCAACAUGCUCACUCAGCGUCGCCUUCUGUCUCGCCCUCGCCCUCGCCCUCGCCGGUCCGCCGCGUCUCGUUUGCCGAGACCACGCUCGACCUCACCGCCGACCACACCCCGCAGCCGUCGCCGCUCGCCACCGCCACCUUUUGCGGCAUCUGCCGCAUGGAGUUUGGCCUGCCCGAGCUGCUCGAGGCUCACAACGCUGCCGGUGAGCACUCGGAUGAGGUCAUGGUCCGAGAGGCCGCCGCCAACCACGACGGCCGCCAGACCGCACUCUGCCUCGUCUGUGACCAGGUUGUCGAGUCGUCGCGCCUCCUCGCCCACCGGCUCUCUGUUGGCCACCGCGACGGCCUCGCGCGCCUGCAGGACGAGCACGUCAUCGAUAUUUCUUUCCACGAAUCAGAGGACGACCCGUCGCUCCUCCUCGAGUCAGACGACGACGAUGGCGACGAUGACGGCGAUGGCGACAGCGCCACCGCCCAUGCUGCUGCCCAUGCUGCUGCCGCCGCCGCUGCCACUUCACUCGACGACUCGCUCGAGGAGCAGCGUCGCCAGCGCGAGGCCCUUCAGGCAAUUCUGGCGCAGACGGCCGAGGCUGAGGCUACAGCCAAGGCGCAGCGCAAGGCUGAGGCCGAAGCCGAGGCCGAGGCCCAGCGUAAGGCAAAGGCCGAGGCCGAAGCCGAGGCCGAGGCCCAGCGUAAGGCAAAGGCCGAGGCCGAAGCCCAGCGCAGAGCCGAGGCUGCGGCCAAGCGCGAGGCUGACCGCAAGCGCCAGGCCGAGGCCGCUGCCAAGCGCCAGGCCGAGGCUGCGGCCAAGCGCGAGGCCGAUGCCGCCAAGCGCCAGGCUGAAGCCGCCGCCAAGCGCGAGGCUGACCGCAAGCGUCAGGCCGAGGCCGCUGCCAAGCGCCAGGCCGAAGCUGACAAGGCCGAAGAAGAGGUCGAGGUUAUCGCGCCCGAUGCUCCCGACGCGUCCAACUCCUCCAACGCUCUGGACACUCCCGGCACUCCUGGUGCCUCUGCCACGGACACCAACACGUCCAUGGCCGAGCCAGCAGACGACGAGUCGGAGGCCAACACUUCGGCCAUGUCUGCGGCGGCGUCUUACCACUCGCCAGCUCGGGCCAGCCCCUCCCGGUCGCGGAACAUGACCCCGGUCAUGCCGACCGAGACGCUCGCUGGACCGCCAGUCUAUGAGUCGCCACUGAUGCGAGCACGCGCCAAGCGCGAGGCUGCCAAGCGUGCGCGCAACUCGAUGUCCGCCAUUGCGGCCGCUGGCGGCAGCACGGCGCCGAGCCCGGCUACCAAGGCUGCGCGCGCCGAGACUGAGGCUGUGCGUGCGGUGAUCGAGGCGGCGCGAAAGGCGGCGGCAGCGGCGCGCGAGGCCGGGUAUGAGCCGCCCAAGGGUGAGCAUGCCACCAUUGUGGCGCUUGGCGAGAGCGAGACUGGCCGCAAUAGCGGCAUUGUCCUCAACUCGGCCGCACGCGGCGUGCUCAACGCUGUCCGCGUCAACAAGCCGGGUGUGACCAAGCGUGCGGCCGAGCUCUGCAAGCGCCGCUCCAUCAAGACGGCGGCCCAGCUCGGGUGGCUGACCCGCGCCGUCACGCUUUGCGAGCUCACUACUCUCGCGGGCGACGACACCGAUGAGCGGGUGCGCCGGCUGGCGGCCAAGGCGGCGUCGCCAGUCCGCUGCGACCUCCUCGCCGCGGUUGGCCUCGACGCCUCAAACGUCACCGCUGCCGCCGUCUGCGUCUACGUCAACCGCGUGCCGCAAGUGCUCAGGUCCGCGGGCCAGGCUGGCGUUGCCGUCGCCGCCGCCGCCGGUGGCUUCCCGGCUGCGCUCACAGACAUGGACUCGCGGCUCGGCGAGGUGGCCGCCGCAGUCGCUCACGGCGCCACCGAGAUCGACGUCGUCGUCGCCCGCGCCCACAUCAUCGCCCACGCCUGGGACGCGCUCUAUGAGGAGCUGCGCACUUUUGUGGCGGCGGCCGGGCCGGACGUCCGAGUCAAGGCUGUCCUCGCCAUCCAUCAGCUUCCCACGCUCCGUGACGUGUACAAGGCCACGCUCGUGGCUGCGUUUGCCGGCGUCGACAUGGUGUGCUCGACCCCAACUGCCACCGCCACGCCCAUGCCUGUCGGACUCACCAUGCUCCGCGCCCUUCGCGAGUACCACGAGAUUUCCGGCUUUACUGUAGGCCUCAAGAUCGGUGGCGGCAUCGCCGCACCCAAGGCCGCCCUCCAAUCGAGCACGGCGUGA